UGCGCCCGCUCCCCCGACCAGCCGCGCGGACGAGCCUCCCGGGCGCAUGCGCCGUCCUGCGCGUGGGGCAGCCCGGCGUUCGCGCUCCGGCUUCGGCCCCUCCGGCGCAUGCGCGGUUCCCGGGAGCAGCGUGGCGGCGCGUAGGGCGCGGGUCUCGGCGGCAGCGGGCGAGCGCCGGGACCGCGGAGGCCACGCUGUGGGUGCGGUUGUCCGUUCGUCCCCUGGGGAUGCCGUUGACUGCAGCAGCCUCAGGCUUGCGUGGGCUGUCUCUGCCUGGCCUCCCUCUCCUCGCGGUGCGGGAGCGCAGAGGGACAGGCGGAGCGCUUACUGGCUGUGGACAGGAGCUGCUGAAGCUGGAGAGGCCAGAAAGUUAAAGAAGAAGAAACGGAAGGCCAUCCGGCUGGCAGCUGCCUCCCGCUGCAGGCAAGAGAGAGCCUGCCUCUCUGUGUGCGGAAGGAUCCCUCCUCGUAGUCCACAGCAGGUCAGACUGCCAACGUGCACCACAGGGUGGAGGAUAGUCAAGCCACGGGAGUUACAGAAGAGGAAGGGAGGAGAGAAAAAGAAAGAAAUGUCUGAACUGGCAAAGGCUUUGGCAGUGCCAAGAGCAAGAGCUGUGGUGAGUCCCAGUCCCUCCCUGCCCCUCUCCUGGCCCCUUUUUUCCCAAGCUGCUGUGAUUUUUUUUUUUUUUUUUGUUUCCCUGUACCUCUCCUCUUCUGCCUAUUCUCUUGUCCUGCUCCUUCUUCCUCUCUCCCUUUAUUUCUUGUUUGACUGCUCCCUUUUUGUUUUUUUCUCUCUGGGUUCUUGUCCUGCUCCCUCUCCCUCCUUUUUUUCAUCCUCCGUCUCUCUCCUGCAGCCCAUAGGUGUUUUUUUUCCUUUUCCGUCUGUCCUGGUUUCAGCUGGGAUAUUUAAUUGUCUUCCUAGCAGCUGGUAUAGUGCUAUGUUUUUGAGUUUGGUAUGAGAAGAAUGUUGAUGACACACCGAUGUUUUCAGUUGUUGCUAAGGAAUGUUUAGUCUAAAGUCAGGGAUUUUCAUCUUCUGAUGCCCAGCCAACAAGAAGGCUGGAGGUGCACAAGAGGUUGGGAGGGGGGACAGGCAGGGCAGCUGACCCAAAGUGGCCAACAGAGUAUCCCAUACCAUGUGACAUCAUGCCCAGUAUAUAAACUGGGAGGAGUGGGGCUGGGGGAAUCGCCGCUUGGGGACUAACUGGGCGUCGGUGGGUGGGUGGUGAGCAAUCGCAUUGUGCAUCACUUGUAUAUUCCAAUCCUUUUACUAUCGUCAUUUUAUUAGUGUUAUCAUUAUUAGUUUCUUCUUUUCUGUUCUAUUAAACCAUUCUUAUCUCAA